GGAGGGGAGGAGGAGGGCGAUGGCGGCCAUUUUGAGCCGUCCCCUCAGCGGCCCUCGAUGGGCGCCGGGCGGCGGCGAUGGAUGUGAGGCGGCUGCGGGUGAACGAGCUGAAGGAGGAGCUGGGGCGGCGCGGCUUGGAUACCCGAGGGCUGAAGGCCGAAUUGGCCGAGCGGCUGCAGGCGGCGCUGGAGGCGGAGGAGGCCCGGCGGGGGCCCGGCGGGGAAGCGGCCUCGGACGGACACUGUGCCCGCCGGGGUUGCGGAUUCACCGGCUGCCGCCCCGGGGCCGCCGAAUUUCCUCAUCCCACAUCGCUUCUGCUUUGUCCGCGUUCGAUGGCCUCGACAACAACAGCCACCCGGGUGAGCCUCAGGGCUACCAGCCCUACGAGCACAGCAAGCAGGACAACGAAUCCGGCUACGAGAGGCGGCCCUUGGACCCCGAGCUCCCCUCGCUGCACCCAGAGAUGAAGCCGGAUCCCAAACCCGAAGACCCCGCUCCCUCCUACGCCGUGCCGCCCCCCAACUACAACACCCCCCCUCCCGCUUACAACGCCCCCGUCCCGCCCUACAACGCUCUGCCCCCCACCUACAACGCCGGGCCCGAGCCCUCGCAGCCCCGACCUCAGCAGCCCCGGAAGCGGCCCUACGAGGAGCAGCGGGGCCGCGGUUACUACGAGCACCGCGAGGACAGGAGGGGCCGAUCGCCGCAGCCGCCCGCCGAGGACGAGGAGGAGGACUUCGAUGAGACUUUGGUGGCCAUCGACACCUACAACUGCGACCUGCACUUCAAGGUGGCCCGGGACCGUUACAGCGGGUAUCCGCUCACCAUCGAGGGCUUCGCCUACCUGUGGUCCGGCGCCCGCGCCACCUACGGCGCCCGGCAGGGCCGCGUGUGCUACGAGAUGAAGGUCAACGAGGAGAUCUCCGUCAAGCACCUCCCGGCCUCCGAGCCCGACCCCCACGUGGUGCGGGUGGGCUGGUCGCUGGACUCCUGCAGCACCCAGCUGGGCGAGGAGCCCUUUUCUUACGGCUACGGCGGCACCGGCAAGAAGUCGACCAACUGCAAGUUCGAGAACUACGGGGAGGCCUUCGCCGAGAACGACGUCAUCGCCUGCCUCGUCGACUUCGAGUGCGGGGAGGAGGUGGAGAUGUCCUUCAUGAAGAACGGCAAGUGGCUGGGGGUGGCCUACCGGGUGCGCAAGGACGCGCUGGCCGGCCGGGCGCUCUUCCCCCACGUCCUGGUGAAGAACUGCGCCAUCGAGUUCAACUUCGGCCAAAGGGAGGACACCUACUUCGCCGUGCCGCCCGGCUUCACCUUCAUCCAGCACCUCCCGGUGGCCGAGCGCGUCCGCGGCACCACGGGGCCCAAGAGCAAAGCCGAGUGCGAGAUCCUGAUGAUGGUGGGGCUGCCCGCCGCCGGCAAGACGACGUGGGCCGUCAAACACGCGGCCGCCAACCCCUCCAAGAAGUACAACAUCCUGGGGACGAACGCCAUCAUGGACAAGAUGAGGGUAAGGUGCCGUCUUGGGCCACGUUGACCCCAUUUUGGGUCUAUUGAGUGCGAUUUCGGGCCACGUUGACCCCAUUUUGGUCCAUUUGGGGUCUACUGAGUGCCAUCUUGGGCCACAUUGACCCCAUUUUGAUCCAUUUUGGGUCUAUUUAGUGCCAUUUUGGGCCACAUUGACCCCAUUUUGGUCCAUUUGGGGUCUAUUGAGUGCCAUUUCAGGCCACGUUGACCCCACUUUGGUCCAUUUGG